AUGAAAGCAGGUUUCGUUAUUUUUGCAAUUUUUUCACUUGGAAUAAUAAGUGCAAAUGCCGAUUGGCCACAAUGUAAUGGUGUCGCCCAUGGAAGACUAGUUCAUCAUCCAGAUACAUGUACAAAAUAUAUUGUUUGUGAAAAUGGCGGUGUUGAAAUGACAUGUCCAGCAAAUCUACAUUUUAGUGAAGCACAGCAAACUUGUGAUUAUCCAGAAAGAGCAAAUUGUCAAGGAAAUUCAGGAAGACCUUGUCCACCUUGCCCUAAUCCUUGUCCAAACCCGUGCCCUAAUCCUUGUCCAAAACCAUGUCCAGAUCCAUGUUGCUGUUGUUGUUGCAAAGAAACAACAACAACAACAACAACUCGGAAACCAUGUCCUCCACCAUGCCCAAAUCCAUGUCCUCCACCAUGCCCUGAUCCAUGUUUUAACCGCCGCCUACGUUCAAUUGCCUCCAAAAUAAAUUUAAACAAGGAUUUGGAUAUUCUAAAAACAGAAACAAUGAAAGGAGCCAUUAUUUUAGCAAUUUUUUCACUAGGAAUAGUAAGUGUAUACGCCGAUUGGCCACAAUGUGAUGGUGUCGCUCAUGGAAGACUAGUUCGUCAUCCAGACACAUGUAGAAAAUAUAUAGUCUGUGAAAAUGGCGGUAUUGAAAUGACUUGCGCAGCUGAUCUCCAUUUCAAUGAAGAGUUACAAACUUGUGAUUAUCCUGAAAAGGCAGGUUGUGAAGGAAAUCCAGGACCUGGACCAGGACCCGGACCAGGACCCGGCCCAGGACCAGGACCAAGCCCUGGACCAGGACCUUGUCCACCUUGUCCCAACCCCUGCCCUAAUCCAUGUCCAAAACCAUGUCCAGAUCCAUGCUGCUGCUGCUGUAAUUGUGGUUCAACUACUCCCAGGCCAACAACUCCAAGACCUACAACACCAAGACCAACAACACCAAGACCAACAACACCAAGACCUACAACUCCAAGACCAACAAGCAGUUCAACUACACGUGGUCCAAUUACAACACCUCAACCAUGUCCACCAUGUCCUCAGCCAUGUCCAGAUCCAUGUCAUAAACCAUGUCCUGAUCCCUGUUUUAAUCGCCGUCUUCGAUCAAUCGCUUCCAAAUUAUUGAUAAAAAAAGAAUAA